GAGCUUGGAGGUGUGUGCGUGUGAAAUUAGGAGAAAAAUCAGCGAGAGCUCCGGCCAACAGUACGCGCACAGAGAGGCAGGAGCGGCUCUCUCGACCGCUGCCCAGACGCUGAGCUCGCUCGCUCACUCACCCGGUCUCUGUGCGCUCCGACCCUUGAGGAAUGAAAGGCGGGAAAGGAGAGCAGCAAAGAGGUCCGCUUCUCCAAACAAGAGGAGGCGAGAGGCGAUUUCUCUCAGAGUGUCUCCAUCGCUCCCUGCCUGGGUCUGACCCCCUAGGCGGCAUCCAAGGGCUGGCAAGCGGCCCCUUGACGCUCAGACUCCCGCCCUUUGCCCCUAGGCAGGAAGUUUCCCGGUGCUAAGCGGGCAGGAGAGGGGCACAGUCAAACGAAUGACCGAAAGUGGCCGUUGGGAAACAGCGGUGCCCGGGACUUGUGCGACUUACCGUUUCGACGCAAGGACCCCCGGCUCGUUUUUUUCUCCCCUCGCCCCUUUCCUGAGGCUGUUCCAAAACAGAAGAGGGAAAGGGCCGUUGCGUUCGGUUUUUGUGGAUUCUUUGGCAGGUGGGCUGGAGGAGAGAGAGGUCCUGGGUUUUGGAAGGGCAUUCUUCUGAAAGAAAGAAAGAUUUCUGUGGGAGGCAAGGCUGUUUGUUGCUUUUGUUUUGUCGAGUUUUCUUUUCCAAGCUCCACAGAGUAUGGACCCAGAGGCUCCUGCCACCUCCGUCUACAUGAACCAUACCUGGGGCUUGCCCUGGCUGGACUCCAAUGCCUCCAGGUCAUCCCUGGAGCAUCACCCGAAGGAGGAGGAUGCUCAUUUCCUCUUUGAAAUUGGCAUUGACAACUUUAUCACCUUGAUUGUCUUUGGCCUCAUUUUUACACUGGGAGUGGUGGGCAACUCCUUGGUCAUCACAGUCCUAGCCAGGAGCAAGCCAGGCAAGCCCCGCAGCACCACCAACAUCUUUGUCCUCAACCUGAGCAUUGCAGACCUGGCCUACUUGCUGUUUUGCAUCCCUUUCCAGUCUACGGUGUAUAUGUUGCCCAACUGGGUUCUGGGCACGUUCAUCUGCAAGUUUAUCCACUAUUUCUUCACUGUCUCCAUGUUGGUCAGCAUUUUCACUCUUUCAGCAAUGUCUGUGGACCGCUAUGUGGCCAUUGUGCAUUCCCGACGCUCCUCAUCCCUGCGAGUGUCCCGCAAUGCACUGUUUGGUGUAGGGGUCAUCUGGCUGCUGUCUAUUGCCAUGGCCUCACCUGUGGCUCACCAUCAGUGCAUCGUCCAACAGGAAACCAUUAAUCAGACUUUCUGCUGGGAAGUGUGGCCCGAUCAACACCACAAGAAAAUCUAUGUGAUCUGUACCUUUGUUUUUGGGUACCUGCUACCUCUGCUGCUCAUCUCCUUCUGUUAUGCUAAGGUCCUCAAUCAUCUGCAUAAAAAGCUAAGGAACAUAUCAAAGAAGUCAGAAGCAUCCAAAAAGAAGACAGCACAAACAGUCCUGGUGGUCGUAGUGGUUUUUGGGAUAUCCUGGCUGCCGCAUCAUGUUGUACACCUCUGGGCUGAAUUUGGAGACUUCCCUCUGACUCAAGCUUCAUUUCUCUUCAGAGUGACAGCGCAUUGCCUGGCUUAUAGCAAUUCUUCUGUGAAUCCUAUUAUAUAUGCAUUCCUCUCUGAGAAUUUUAGGAAGGCCUAUAAGCAAGUGUUUAAAUGUCAGAUUGGUAACAAAUCAUCUCUAAAUGAAGUUAAAGAGAAUAUUGACACACCACCAUGCACUAAUUCAACACAUGUGUGAACAUAAUAAAUGCAUUUAUUUGCAAUUCCAGGUUUUCAUAUGAGUAGACUUGUUUUAAGUAAAAAGCACAAGAGCUCUCAAACUGAGCAAGUAUUUCGAGGUUUACAUUACCAAUUGGCUGAAGUUCUAUUUUGUAAUAACACGUGAUAGGGAAAAGACUGAUUAUGAAAAAAUCUAGGUUCAUAUGAAAAGCAUUCUAAUAUUAUUUUUCUGGAUACUUUUCAAAUGAAGAAUUCUUUAGUUCUUUUAAAAUUAUGCCAGAAAAGUAAGACACAUAUGUAACCAACCUGCUAUAUCUUUAGAAGGAGCGGUAUUAAUUUAUAUCCAGUAUAAUGCUUUUCCUCCUAUACAAACUAAUUCACUGAAACAAAAUCACUAACCUCUACUUAGCUGGGAAUAAAUCCUAUUGAAUUCAAUAGGACCUGCUGUUGAAUAGACAUGGUUAGGAAUACACUGUAAGCUAUUUCUCAAAAUGUGUACUUUAGCAAGGAAAUAAGAUAAAAGUAAUAGGUACCUGACAAUAGAAAUGGUAUGUGCUUCAAAGUUUAUCUGUCCAGACCAUGCAACAGGCCCAUGUAAUUAAUACAGUAUUUACACAAUCAUCCCAAUCCAGAGAAUGUACAAAUGUAGAUAAUGGGUGCUCUGCUAUUGAAUAUACUGAUUUUUAAAAGUAGGAUCAGGGUCAGUACACACUGAGUUGAUCUAAAAGAGCAGCUGGUUUCAUAUGACACCUACUAGCCAUUCCAGUUGCAAUUCUAUUUGACAAAUUUACAGGGCGCAUCCUUUACAGGGUAUGAAUUAUUGUUAUGUGAAAGCUUCUAUGAAAACCCUAUCAAGUCAUGGAAAACGUUUUUUUAAAAUAUAAUAAAAUAAUCUAUAUUUGCUUAGGCUGUGCUUGAAGGCUGGGAUUCAGAUCAAUUUUGCAGAUGUGAGUGGGCAGCUUCCCUUAGAGCCCUGUUACCAGGGGCCAUUUGCCCAUUCCUAUCUACUGUCCCACCAUCACUGUUUUGAAUGUAAUGCACAAAAUGUUCUGAAAGAUGUUGGACAAUGGUGAUGGAAUGGCAAGAUGAAAGGCUAGAAAAAAAGUAGAGCAGGGGGCAGACAACAGGGGGCAGUGCCAAAGCUGUAAGCAUAGCCCUAAUAUUUGCACAUAAAUGUCAUGCACUUUACUUUUACUAUUACUUAUACACAGACUACAGGAAAUGUUUUUAGUUUCUUGGGCAGAGUUAUACUUCACUUUUUCUAUGUGAAAAGCUCACUCAUUGUUACCAGUUCACUGAUGCAUUCAGCUGAAAGAGCUUAUUGUUGUUAGCCUGUGUGUUAAAAAAGGAAGAAUAGGCUAAAUGAAAUAUCAUCCUCAAUAGGUUUUACACAUUUCUGAGUGAUGAAUGACACAGCAUGAAUGUCAUUUUUGAAGAUUUUUCACACAUUCAGAAAUUAAGCACAGCACAAUCACAAAACUAAGGCUUUUAAAAAAAUAUGAAAGCUGUACGUAAGACUUUAAUUGAAGUAAACUACUGACAAUAUUGAAGGCAAGGAAGUGCAAACGGAACUGGCUGGAAUUUGAAUAGACAGAUUUCCACAAAAAGCUGUUUUUCAUGGCCAUCAAAACAUAAUGGAAACAAAAAUCUACAUUCAAUUUUUGCACAUUCUUAGUAUUUUGGUUGUCAAAGGAGUAAUGUAGUCUCCUGUGAAUUUUACCCAUUAAUAAAUGACUAUUAUGUUAUAUUAUGUUCCUGUUAGGUUACAACUAUGGUAGCGGUGAGCAAAUGUGUCAGUUCCAUUAUCACAAGAACGAGAUGGGAAACUUGGCAUGGGGAAGCAUCUAAACUAGGUCAUGUUAAAAGACUUGUGGCACAAUUGUGUACAUGUUUACUUGGAAGUAAACCCUACUUUGUUCAAUGGGGCUAACUCCUAGAUAAGUGUACAGAGAACUGUAGCAUAAGACUGGAGUCCUAAGGAUGCUUAGCAGGGCAUAAGCCCCAUUAAACACAGUGGUGCUUCCUUCAAAGCAAAUGUAAAUAGGAUUACAUGGACCUCAACAAAAUCAUCCCCUUACUAAACAAGUAUAGUAGGAGUUACUGUUGUAAAGAAGCUGUAUGUCAGUAAACAGGGCAGUAUAGGACAUAGGUUAUAAUUUCAAACUUUUGUGUUCGGUUUAUGACAACGUGAAGGAAAUUAUUGUGGAACAAUGUUUUGUGAUGGAUAUCCUCAUAGAAAUAUUUUAUAAAAAUAUACAAGCAAAUCAUCCUGGAGCAUCAAGCCUUUACCAACAAGUUUAGUUGGAUGUGACUACUAUGAAACAUUGUUUCCAGACCUUACUUAGCAUAAAAUUUGUUGUUGGGGGUAUGGGGGAGUUGCAUAUUUAUUUUUAUUUAUUUUCCAUUGUAACCUUUCCCAUCCCAAGACAUCAAGGUGAACAACAAAACACUAAAUCUAUUGCAACCAAUUCCAUUAGUAUGCAAAAAUACUAAUGGAAAAUAAAAAAAUGAGUUAAUUUUUUCCAUGCCCAAUUAAACCCAAUGUUGUGCUAUUCAAACUUAAAGGAGGCCCACCUUAGCAAGCACAGGAUGCCUGAACGGGGAUGACAAAGUUCUAGGGAACUCUAGCAGAUCUAAUCUUCUUCCCCCAGGGAAAUCACACCAAGGCCCAUUAGAUAGUAGGAAUAUCUCAUCAUCCCAACCUUAUUUGGAAAGAAGGGAGCUUAGGAAGACCUGCCAUUUUCUGCUAACCAUGGUAAUUUUUAAGCAAUUUUGGGAUGAGGUAAGAGAUGCUAUGUCAGCACCCACCACCCUUGAGCAGCAGCUGCUCAGACCCAAAUACCCUGGCAAAGUCCGCUGUUGGUGCUUGCCCUGACCUCUGUAAGUCUACCCACCAUUUAAAUUUCCCACAAUGCUUAUGAGCAAUUAAAAUGGCAGCUGCCAGAAGCUGCAUGGACUGCUGUUUCCAUGGCCUUAUAGUCUCCUUCCAACUGUACUAUUCUAUGAUUCCAUCCACUACCAGGUAAGUCCACCAAGGUCCACUACUGGAGGAGAGGGCUGAUACUUUUCCAGCGCUCUUUCAAAUGUGGGUCUAGCUUGGUGCUCCAUUCUAUUCCUGUUCUAAUCAUGUUUUGGAUCAAUACUCUGGUCCACAGAUCCUCACACGCAGCAACAAGCCACAUUGAUCCACAGGAAAAAAUCAAUAGAUUAUUGGUGUUGGCUUGUUGGGGACACAAGGUAAAGUUUGUUUCUAGGGGUGUAUCACAUUUCUUUUGGGGGUCAGGGGGGAUAUCCUAGCCAUAAAAAUAUGCAGAGUAAGGGCUUAGUAGCCUUUUAAAGAAUUAUUUGGCACAACAAUCAUGUUUAGUGAUAUUUUAUAAAGAUUUCAAUGAAGUAAACUAAUAUUUUCAUGAAGCUAUCAUCCUACACUAUCUUGAGCAAUUCAAGUAAUUCAGAUGAAAGAAACUGAUUGGUUUAUGACCAUCAUUCAGUUCUGCACAGCUCCAAAAUAUUAAUUUUUGCAUUUCUGCAUCUCAUAACUUGUCCAAGGAAAUAUUUCCAACAUGUGAAAAAAUAAAUCAGUGAAAAGAGAGGAUUACCACAAAGGUGAGAUUUUGUUCAGAACUGUGCCUAAACUGUCCCAAGAUUAUUACUGCAGUGGUUUUCGAGAUCCUCCAAAAGAACACAUUGCCUUGUGUUCUUAUUGUAUAAACUUUCAUGUGGCAUGUCGCAUUUCCCAUAAGCAGGCAUUUCUUUAUCGAUAGAAAAUAAAGGCACUAUCCAUGGACUUCCAUGUGUGCAGCUUCCUUCCUCUCUUUCCUCCAUCCAUCUCCCCAUCCGAGUACCUAAAAAUGUAUCUGCCAUUACCUUCAGUGAGGGGGAGUAGGUAUCUGUGCUCACUUUCCGUAUAUAGAGGUAGACGUUCAACUUCUUGCCAAGGCUGUGUAUGCUCCACUCUUUUCAUUAGGAUAAAUUUUGCACUUAGUUCCCAUUGAAGUCAAUGGGACUUGAUUUAAAUAAUGACUAACAUAGUGUUUGAUUUCAGUGGAGCCCAUUUUGAACUAAUUUGGCCUGAAAUCCUAAAUGCACUUACCUAGGAGUAAGUACUGAACACAGUGGAACUUCUGAGUAGAUAAGCAUAUGAUCCAACCCAUUGUUUUACAUGUAGUAAAUCAUUGUACAAUAAAUUAAACUUUAAAGUUAUUAUCUGAUAACCUAUUUUUUUCCUUUUGCAAAUGAAUAAUUUGCAAAUUACUAUUUUAAGGAAUGCACUGUUUUUUAAAGCGUUUCGGUGAACAAUUGUUACAUUCAAUAUAUAGCCUAUGCUGAGAGUGGGGGAAAACAAAUGUACAAUUCCAACAUUAUGAAUGUAUUCAUUUUAUUAUUUUAUAGCUACAGCUGCUCAAGACUCUGCUCUUGUUACAUAUUACUUAAAUAUAU